GCUGCCUGCAGGAAGCCACGAGCUCCGUGAACUGAUUGAGACGACUGGGAUGGGCUUUUUCUUUGGGAUUACAUCAGAAGUUGCUGGUUAUAGCUAGAAGGCUGCGUCACCACAAGGGCGCUGGGAUUUGAAGAACUAUGGUGAAAAGCCACUGAGCAUCGCCAAGGCAACUUCUUCCUGCUCUGGGAAAAAAGAUGGAUGCAAGCUCCGCCCACCCAGCCCCCUUCUGCCUUGUAUUCUGACUUGGACCUUCACCGCCCCCACUUCCACCCCACUUUCUGAUUGGCCACCCGGAAGGGGUUGGGGGAGCUCUUCUGCACAGAGGCUCUGAAGACCUACUCACAUCGCCAAUCUGCUGUGUGCUCUCCGACAGGAUGGGAAUGGUGAGCAGCAAAAAGCAGGAGAAGGAGAAGGAGAAAGAGAGGGAGAAGGAGAAGGAGAAGGAGAAGGAGAAGGGCCGAUGGAGCCCUGUGAAGGUCAGCGCCCAAAGCAAAGAUCCCCCGCCACUGCCACCCCUGGUCGUGUUUAACCACCUGGCUCCUGCACCCCCCGACAUGCACCCAGACCAAGAGGAGCAUUUCGUGGUGGCCCUGUAUGACUACACCGCAGGGAACGACCGGGACCUACAGAUGCUAAAGGGAGAGAAGCUGCAGAUCCUGAAGGAAGCUGGAGACUGGUGGUUGGCCAAGUCUCUCAUCACAGGAAGAGAAGGCUACGUGCCCAGCAACUUUGUGGCCCGAGUAGAGACCGUGGAAGUGGAAAAGUGGUUCUUUAGAUCAAUUAGCCGGAAAGAUGCCGAGAGGCAGCUUCUGGCUCCAAUCAAUAAGGCGGGCUCCUUUCUGAUUAGAGAGAGUGAAACCAGCAAAGGUGCCUUCUCCCUGUCUGUGAAGGAUGUGACCACCCAGGGGGAGGUGAUCAAACACUAUAAGAUCCGCUCCCUGGAUGAAGGAGGCUAUUACAUCUCCCCCCGAAUCACCUUCCCCACUCUCCAGGCGUUGGUGCAGCACUAUUCUAAGAAAGGGGAUGGUUUAUGCCAGAGGCUGACCCAGCCCUGCGUGAGCCUGGCUGCUCAGAACCCCUGGGCCCAGGACGAAUGGGAAAUCCCCCGGCAGUCUCUCAAGCUGGUCAGGAAGCUUGGGUCUGGGCAGUUUGGUGACGUCUGGAUGGGUUAUUACAAAAACAACGUGAAGGUGGCCAUCAAGACCUUGAAGGAGGGAACCAUGUCUCCGGAGGCCUUCCUGGGCGAGGCCAACCUGAUGAAAACUCUGCAGCAUGAGAGGCUGGUCCGUCUGUACGCUGUGGUCACCAAGGAGCCCAUCUACAUCGUGACCGAGUACAUGGCCAGAGGAUGCUUGCUGGAUUUCUUGAAGACAGAUGAAGGUAGCAGAUUGUCCCUCCCGAGACUGAUUGACAUGUCGGCCCAGAUUGCCGAAGGAAUGGCGUACAUCGAGCGAAUGAAUUCAAUCCACCGCGACCUGAGGGCAGCCAACAUCCUGGUGUCUGAGACGUUGUGCUGCAAGAUCGCAGACUUUGGCUUGGCCCGGAUCAUCGACAAUGAGUACACUGCCCAAGAGGGUGCCAAGUUCCCCAUCAAGUGGACUGCCCCAGAGGCCAUCCACUUUGGGGUGUUCACCAUCAAAGCGGACGUGUGGUCCUUCGGAAUCCUCCUGAUGGAAAUCGUCACUUACGGGCGCGUACCCUACCCAGGGAUGAGCAACCCCGAGGUCGUGCGCAGCCUGGAGCGCGGCUACCGCAUGCCGCGGCCCGACUCGUGCCCGCCCGAGCUGUACCGCGGCGUCAUCGCCGAGUGCUGGCGCAGCCGGCCCGACGAGCGGCCCACCUUCGAGUUCCUGCAGUCGGUGCUCGAGGACUUCUACACGGCCACCGAGCGCCAGUACGAGCCGCAGCCCUAGCCCGCUGGGGGGCGCGCUCCGGCCCGGGGACGCCUCCCACCUGCGGCCCGACCGCGGAACCCACGAGGCGCGUGCACCUCGCGGCUGUUGUUCCAGCCCCACACGGGCUGCAGAGGCAGGGAGGGAUUGGGACGCCCGUUUCUCAGAUGAAAGUAGGGGUAGAGGCGGCCUGGCCGGUGGGUCACAGCACGGACUCCGGAGCCGAUCCAAUCGCAGUCCCAUCCCUCUCAACUGUGUGACCUUGGGCGAAUUCCUUAGCCUCUCUGUGCCUGCGCUUCCUCAUGUGUACAAUGGCGAAGAAACAUCAUAGUACUUACCUCGUAUGUUGCUCAUGAGGAUUACAUUAGUUAACCCCCGUAAGAUGUGCAGAGUGUUCAGAAUAAGAGAUACUCUUAAGGCUCCCCUGUGCUGGCACCAAAAGCGAGAGGUCAGCCGCAGGUGACCGGGAGGCCCGCUGCGCCCACCUGCGCGGACCGCGCCCCGGUGCGGCCCCC